AUGUCGACUGACGAUAAGCAAGAAACAAGCGCUUAUGCGGCGCCUGAGAAUGUCGACAGCUCGCCUUCCUCUAGUAUCGCUGAGUUUGCAGGAAUUAAUGAGAAAUCUCUGCUUCGGAAAUUGGAUCUUCGUUUGCUGCCACCUUUGACGCUCCUGUAUUUACUCUCUUUUCUAGACCGCAGCAAUGUUGGCAAUGCCCGGUUGGAAGGAAUGACGGACGAUAUCAAAAUGACGGGUAACCAAUACUUGACCGGCCUCACCUUGUACUUUAUCGGAUACGUUCUUUUCGAAGUCCCAGCGAAUACAGUCUUGAAGUUGACCAGACCGAGUAUUUGGCUACCGACUCUGACAUUGAUAUGGGGCGUCGUCGCAACACUCCUGGGAGUGGUUCAAAACUAUCCUGGCUAUCUAGCUUCUCGCUUCUUCCUCGGUGUCGCCGAGAGUGGCCUCUUCCCUGGUGUGGUAUUCUAUCUUUCUAUGUGGUACAAACGCAAUGAGCAGCAUUAUCGAGUUGCUCUGUUCUUCUCCGCGGCUUCGUUAGCUGGUGCCUUUGGUGGUAUCCUGGCCUGGGGAAUUGGGCAUAUGGAAGGCGUCGGCGGAUACAGUGGGUGGCGCUGGAUCUUUAUCUUGGAGGGACUUCUAACCAUCAUCGUAUCGGUAAUUGCAUACUUCUGGGUACACAAUUACCCUGGAACGGCCAAGUUCCUGACCAAGGAAGAGCGAGAAUACAUACAAUUCCGCCUGAAAAAUGACAAUGACUCGACUCGUGAUGAGAAAUUUUCCUGGUCAGCAGUCCUUGAUGCGUUCAAAGACCCGAAGGUGUUGCUAUACGGUCUCGGUUUCCACUCGUUGAGCCUGCCACUCUACACCCUUUCGCUGUUCUUGCCUACCAUUAUUAAAGAGCUGGGGUAUAGUGCAGCACAAGCGCAGCUGUUGACGGUUCCACCCUACGCAAUUGCAACUAUGAUGACCAUCGGUGUCGCCGUUCUUUCUGAAAAGACACGUCGACGGGCUCCCUUUAUCAUGGGCGCAUCAAGUCUAGCUUGCAUUGGCUACAUCAUCCUACUCUCGCAGCAACGUGCAGGAGUAAGCUACGUGGGCACAAUCUUCGCCGCAGCAGGAAUCUAUCCUGCCGUUGCUAUCGUGCUCUCUUGGCCGGCAAAUAAUGUCUCGGGCCAGACUAAACGCUGCAUCGCCAACGCCCUUCAAAUCUCCAUUGGUAAUCUUGGAGCAGUGAUUGGAACACAGCUGUAUCGAACUGAGACGAGCCCACGAUUCUUGUUGGGGCACGGCUUUGCGCUCGGGUAUUUGGUAGCUAAUAUUAUCGUGGUUGCGGUAACAUGGUGGGUUCUUAAUCGAGCAAAUGCUCAGAAAGCGGUGGAAAGAGAACAGAAAGGGCUUCGUCCGUUGAUGGGUGAUGUCGGAGAUGCAGAAGGAGAGUUUCUUGGAGACCAUGACCCUCGCUGGGUGUUCCAGACCUAA